AUGGCCGACUACGUGCCGCCUCCAGGCCCGCCGCCGCCUAGAGUGCCAGAAGGCUGGAAGGCUGUCUUCAACACCCAGUACAAAGAAUGGUUCUACGUCAACCUCUACACCAAGGAGUCGACAUGGGAGAAACCCACUGAGCCCGCCCGACGACCCAACUCUAAUCUCGAAGACGCACCCCCCAGUGGCGCGCCGCCGUCGUAUUCGGCCGGUUCCAACGCUCCCAAUGUCUCGGACACCAAACAUGGCUUCGAGUCAAAUAACCCUUACAACAGCCAACGUCAGGGCGAUGAGACGGACGAGCAACUGGCCCAGCGCCUGCAAGACGAGGAGAACAAGCGGACCCGUGGUGCGGCUGAUGAUUUCUACACAUCUGGUGGCGCAAGUGGCACGCCCAACGCAUCGGGCAUCCAGGGCGGAUACCCAGGCGCACCCAGUCCUCUGCCUCAACGUCCAGAGAGCGGCGGCAGCGGCGGCAGAUCUAAGGGCUUCUUCGGCAAGCUGCUCGGCAAGAGCUCUUCUUCACAUUCGCCAUACCCGGCACAGCAGGGUAACUACGCACCUCAACCCGCUGGCUACGGGCAGGGCUAUCCGCAAGGCUAUGGGCCCGGCCCAGGAUAUGGCGGCUAUCCCCAGCAAGGUUAUGGCGGAUACCCACAGCAAGGAUACCCUCCAGCUGCUGGCUAUGGCGGAUACGGCGGCGGUGGCGGCUACCCCCCCAAACGAACUGGCGGCGGUAUAGGUGCCGGUGGUGCAGCGGCUUUGGGGCUGGGAGGUGGAUUGCUCGGUGGCAUGAUGCUCGGUGAAGCAAUGGACGGAGGCGACGGAGGUGACGGGGGCGGUGACUAUGGUGGUGGUGAUGAUGGUGGCGGUGGGGACUUCUAA